UGCCCCAGUUCCAAUUGUAAAAUUGGAACUUUCAUCAAAGUCCAAGAGGAAUCAAAUAAAUGAAGAAAUGGCACCAGUAAAGAAACUGAGAACCACAGACUUCUUUGACCCACGCCCCAUGGAAGAUCGAACACCUUUAACUGAGGGGCUUGACAGAUUCCUUCAGCUGAAUCUGGAGGAUGAGGAAAAUCUUGUGUCAAGCAAUCUUGAAACAUUUUUGGAAGGGUUGAAGCAGGUAUACAUAAGGGUUAUGUACUGGGAGGUUUUGGAUAUGGGGUUUAUCCAGAGGGAUAUAUGCAUAUCUACCUGAGGGACCGUAGGGACCGAAGGUAGAUGUGCAUAUCUCACGAGGGAUGAACCCAAUAUCCAAACCGACCGUACAUAACUGCUUUAUCCUAUAUCAAGUAGAGUUUUCAGGGGCAUAUGGCCAUUUCAAUAGUACAAGGUGUAAAAAUAAACAAAUCAUUCAUAUGCAA